AAACUGAAAAUUCUCCAUCGGGGCUGACCGUGACAUUUCCCAAAUAAACAUGGCGGCUUCCAGUGUCCGUGGUGUUUCUCGAGUUUUAGAAAAGUUAGAAAAUUCCGUCAAAAAUGGUAAUUUCGGCAGUUGCUCCUUUUCAUGAAUCAAAAUUCCAGAAUGUUCCACACCUAACCUCAACGUUUCAGGUACUUGGCCCAGAAAAAAUACAAAGAAACUCUUGACAUGCUCUACAAUGGAUCCCUUUUAUUUCUCGAACACGAUCAGCAAAUCAGCGGUGCAGAUUUAGCAAUACUUUUAGUGGAUGUUCUAGUCAAAUCUGAGGAGAAAGACUACGACGGAUGGACUCCAAAGUUGUGCAAAAUCUUUUCAAGCAUUAGUUCCACAACUCCCGAACGGGAGACGUUUCUAGCACAGGCCUUAAGGUGGUCUUCUAAUCAUCGAAGUUUUGGACACCCUUUCCUGCACCAGUGUAUAGCGCAAGUAUAUUGGGACGAGAAAAAUUAUUUCCAAGCUCGUCAUCAUUACAUUUAUUCUAAAGAUGGCCAAGGCUGUGCAAAAUUAUUAAUUGAGUUUCAAAGUACACAAGGCUUUCAAUGCGAAGCAGAUUUGUUUAUUGCACAAGCUGUGUUCCAGUAUUUAUGUCUAAGUAAUAAAAUCACAGCUUAUCAGACUUUUACAAGCUAUACUGAACAACAUCCUCGGAUAAAGCGAUCAGGGCCCCCAUAUCUACUGCCUCUACUCAACUUUAUCUUCUUCUUAUUGCAAGCCAUUGAAAGUCGAAAACUCCCCACUUUUGUAAUAUUAUGUGAACAGUACGAGCCGUCCAUAAAAAGGGAUCCUUGUUACGUGGGCUAUUUGGAUAAAAUAGGUCAAAUAUUCUUCGGUCUGAAACCUCCACAACAAAAACAGGGCGGCCUUUUUGACAAUUUUUUCGAAUCGUUUUUGAGAGGUUUAGACGAUAGUGACGAUGAAACGACAACACCACAAGCCUCAACGUCUAAACCUCCAGAAAUGUUGCACACAGAAUUAGACUAGUAAUGGUUUAUUAAUUUCUUUGGGGAUUUUUUAUAUGAUGAAUCACUGUAUUGUAAUUAUUCGGUAAGUUAUUUAAAUUAAAUUGUAGAUUAAUUAUUGGAGAAUAUACUUACAAUCAAAUUGUAUUUGUUUGAGUUUUUACAACAUUUAAAAUCACUUUGUAAAUGGGUCUAUAUGCUAUAAUUAUCAUGUAAGUCACAGCUUCCUUUGAUUGGGCAGAUAGCGCCAUCUGUCACCAAAUCAAGGAAUUUGUGGUAUAAUACAACUAAUUGAAGUAGGAUGUCUUGAAAAAACGUCGGGUUUAUUUUUCGUUUGCGGAUUGUGUUUUUUUGAGAUAUCUUUCCAUUGUUUAUAUAUUCCUUUUUAAUUAUUUAAAUGCUUGUAAAAAUAAAUUUUAUCAGUUACA